AAUAAUGCUUUGCAAUAAAAUGUAUCAAACCAAUAAUGAGGCCAUUCCACUUGAAGUUUUACAAAGAAUCUUUCCAGGGUCACUGGAUUGUACUCUAAUUUGCUGGGGAAAAUUCGAAUUUCACCCUUUCAUAUUGCACUCUGAUUGGCAACAUCUACUCUCCUUGCAGCUGAAUAUAAUUCAGGCUGGAUGCCAUCAAGAAUAGACAACCUCAACCAAAGAGAAAAUGUAGAAGAAAUGUGAAGGAUAAGAAUCAAAUAAGACAAAUGAAAUUCUCAGGAAUCCUUUGAAUUCUCUAUCCUGCUCCAUAUAAGUAGCAUUCAGGGAAAAGCAGGAGAUUUCAGGGAUGGUUGCCAGACUGCUGAAACUGGAUAUUGCUCAAUAAGUUCUAUUGCUCGCUGCAAUUUGAGUUCUGAAAAAUGUGUAUUGUUUCUUGAUAAGACUAGAGACCCUUAUUUAACUCCACUCCCAUUUUAAAAAAACAAAACAAACUGAUUUGGUAUUUUAAGCUUGAGUUUUUGAAGUGGCUCUUUUAGCUGUGGCCAGAUUGCUGCAAUGGAGUCCUGGGGAUUUACCUCUCUUACCCUCAUUGUUUGUAUUUCCUUCUUGGUCUUUUUUUCACUGUGGAGAAAAGACCCCAAAGGAAGGAAGCUACCUCCUGGGCCACCUCCUCUCCCAUUCAUUGGGAAUAUGCUACAACUAGACCAGAAGGACCUCUCCACAUCUCUUUGCAAGCUAUCUGAAAAGUAUGGCUCUGUGUAUACUGUGUAUUUUGGGUCUCAACCAGUCGUGAUUCUACAUGGAUACAAGGCACUGAAAGAAGCUCUGAUUGAUCAGGGAGACAUUUUUGGAGGCAGGGGAAAAUUACCAAUAUUUGAUGACAUUUACAAAGGACAUGGAAUUAUUUUUAGCCAUGGAGAAAAGUGGAAACAAAUCCGCAGAUUUUCCCUGACAACUUUGAGGAACUUUGGGAUGGGGAAAAGGAGUAUUGAGGAACGUGUCCAGGAAGAAGCUCAGUUCCUUUUGAAGGAGCUAAGGAAAACAAAUGGUCAUCCCUUUGACCCAACCUAUAUCCUUGGAUGUGCCCCAUGCAAUGUUAUUUGCUCCAUCCUCUUCCAUCAGCGUUUCAGCUAUGAUAAUGAGAACUUUCUUUCAAUGAUGAGGAUUUUAAGUGAAAACUUGAUUCUAUUGAACUCACCACUUGCUCAGCUUUAUAAUAAUGUCCCUUGGCUUCUUCGCUAUGUUCCUGGACCACACAAGAAAUUUUUUUCAAAUAUCAAGACACUUAAAAAGUUUAUUUUGGAUAGUACAAAGAAACAUGAAGAGAUCUUGGAUCCUAACAAUCUUAAGAAUUAUAUUGACUGCUUCCUCUACAAAAUGCAGCAGGACCAAAUAAAUCCAGACUCCGUAUUUGACCUAGAAAAUCUGGCAACGUCAGGGAUGGAUUUAUUUGAUGCUGGAACAGAAACAACCAGUACCACUUUGAGAUAUGGUCUGCUUCUCAUGGUUAAGUACCCAGAAGUACAAGAUAAAGUUCAAGAAGAAAUUGAUCGAGUUAUUGGCCAACAUAGGAUUCCCUCUAUUAAAGACAAACUGGAGAUGCCUUACACAGAAGCCGUGCUGCAUGAGAUACAGAGAUAUUCUGAUCUUGUCCCUUUAAGUUUGGCCCAUGAAGUAACCCAUGACACCCAACUCCAACAGUACUUCAUACCUAAGGGCACAACUGUGUUCCCAAUACUCUCUUCUGCCUUAUUUGACCCAAAAGAAUUCCCCAACCCACAUCAGUUUGACCCAAAGCAUUUCCUAAAUGAAGAUGGCAGUUUUAAGAAAAGUGACUAUUUUGUGGCUUUCUCUAUUGGAAAACGAGCCUGUUUAGGAGAAGGCCUGGCUAAAAUGGAAUUAUUUCUAUUCCUGGUUACUAUUCUGCAACACUUUACCCUCAAGAGUACCAUUGAUCCAAAGGAAAUCAACAUCAAGCCAUGUUCUACUGGGAUUAUCACAGUUCCUCCAAAGUACGAACUCUACCUUCUUCCCCGCUAUGAAUGAAAGUCACCCUUCAAAUCCACCAUAUUUUUUUCUUACCAAGAUUCUAAAUAUCUUACCCCUUAAAAUCAACAAAUCAUAUUAAGGGAAAAUGUAAGAGUUAUCAUUCUUUUAGUAGGUUUCAAUUCUCAUACAUGUGUACAAGGAAAGGUAAUGGAUUAAAGAACUCCUUGUAUACCUUUUUUGUCAGAGGGUAGCAUUAUAAAAUGGCAUGAAGAAGUACUCAUCACCGUUAAGCUGUAAACCAUGCUGCAUGCUUAGCAAGUUUUAUUUUAAUAAAGGCUGAUUCUUUAUUCACUUUGAAGUUCACUGAGUACCAUGAUUCAUUUUGUUCCUUAAGAAUGCUAUUUUGAUAUUAAAAGGAGAGAAUGGCUUGAGGACUGAAAAGACAUGCCACAAAGCAAAUAUAUAUUAUUGUUCAGUGGCAAGUUUGUUUUUCAAAAUAGAGAUAAUAACAAUAACUAGUUAUCACUUGAGUCAAUAUAAAAUAUAUAAAAUGGAUUAUCAAGUCAAAAAAUAGUUCAAGCUGUAGUCCUGAGGCUAGGAAUUAUAAAAUUGGAUUACCAUUGAGUAAAAUCUUGUCUCUUUUAAAGAAAGCACAUCAUUCUAAGAGAGAGCUUGGCUAACAUGGAAAUGUUUUUAUCCCUAGUAACCAUUCUGAAAAACUUUGCCUUUGAGACUAUUUUUGACAUAAAGAAAAUCAAUACCAAGCACUACUGGGAUUAUUAAUGUUCUAAAACACUACAAGAGAAUUUAGAAAACAUAACAAUGGAUUCAAUUGAAAUCACCACAUGCCAAGAGUCUUGCCACCUAGCAUUCAUGCUUAGUGAGGCAACUACAGUGACUUUGUUGUGAAAGACCUGGUCAUUACUAAAAGUGAAACCCCAUGCUGAUAUUCCUCUCUCAAAGCUGUAUAAAACCCCUAUACUACUUUUGACAAGGUAAUGGUGAAACUCAAGUGUCUAUGAUGCCAAGUAUUCCAUUCUGAAUGACACAGAAUAUGGAUUGAAUAGAAAACCAAAGGAAUCAACUUGGACUCAAACCCAGAGCAGAUGAGAAGUUCAGGAA